GUUGUUUAUUAACAUUAUAUCUCCAAGUAGUUGAGAAAUUUAAAUAAAUAUUAUGGGCCUUUCUCCUAUUGACAAACAAAAAAUGUUCAAACUACCAGUUGUAAGCAACUAAUAAAUCAAGUUUUUUAAAGAAAGGAAUUUUUUAUAUUACCAGAAUUUAAUAGAAAAGGAAUUUUCUUUAAACAUUAGCAGUUAUAGUGUAAAAAAUAAUUCUCUCUAGUCUAUAGUUUUAUUUUGUGUAGCGUGAAAAGGGCCGAUAACGAACCUGUUUUUUACAAAUACUCGUAUAUGUUUUAAACUUUUGAGUUAUGGAAAAUUUAAGCUCAAUCAAGUCAGCGAUGCCAUGUACAUGUCUAGCAACAUCUCCAGCAUUUACCAACAUCUCACAUAAUUUAAUACUACCUGUUAACAAUUCACCUUUGCAAGAUGGUAAAGAAUCAUCGGGAAUUUUACAUCCAGGAUUUGGAAAAGAGUCAAAUUUUUGGAGUAUCUUAGAAAAAGAACAACUUAGUUUUAAAAAUAUAUUGUACCUAGAAAAUUCUGAUAUUGGUAGAGAGUCAGUGGGUAUUUUACAAAUCGAUAAUUUGAAUCUUCAUUUUGACGAUGAAAAAGAAAAAGGAUCAGAUAUUAUUUUGUCUUCUGUUGAAAAUGUUAACAAUUCAAGCAAAAUAUUAGAUACUGGUUUUUUAAUUUGUAGCCAUUCUCCACAAAUUGUAUCUUCUACAUCUCUACAUUCUGGCUUAUCAUUCAACAGUACUAGCUUGGAGCUUCCUUCAAAAAUAUUCACCCUAACUAAAAGUGAUAAAACAAAUAGCGUUUUCUCACAUAGCCAUUCUAUUUUUAAUAAUGCAAAAUUUUUUACCACUACAGACCUAGAGGUUAGAAGUAGAGCAUAUUCACAACCUCAACAAGUUUCAAAUAACCUUAUUGAAGCGGGACAAUUUUUUUGGAGCACCGGAAAACCAGCUAAUACUAAUAGGAUGUUGUCUGAGAAUAUUCAUCCUGGGAAACUAGAAUUUGAUGAUAAUAACGAUGAUAUGCUCCAUGUUUCUGUCUUCAUAGAAAGUAAUUACAUUGCACAAAAAAUCGCCGACGGUUCUUUUUUAAAUGGAAGUUUCAAAAAUGGUACGUUAGAUUCAACUCCACAACCAGAAUGGCCUACCGAUAUAGAUGAAAGUAUCAAAAGUGAGGAAUCAGUAGAUACUUCUGAAUCAGUAUUCAAAACUGUUGAUAUACUGUUACCAAAUAAUAUACCAAUCAAUGAAGAAUUUAGUACAAAAAGUUCUAAAUCUUCUAGCGCUUCAAGGAAAUCUCGAGAAGCCAAAGACAUUUUACAAAAUCUUUCAGACAUAUUCAAUACUUCACAUAUAAGUGAGAAACAAAAAUCUGAGGGUCUUUUAUUAUUGAAUAAUCUCGUUGAAAUGUUAAAUAAUGCUAAUGUCAGCCAAGAUGGUGCUUUAGAAGAUUCAGGUCAUUCAUCGAUAUUACAUAAUAAAUCUUAUAAAGACCAACCAAGUUCCAAUGUAGAAACAAACUACGAAAAAAAAUCAGAUUCCUUAAGAAAGCUUGAAUCAUCCGGUAAUUCGGAAGCAAAUACAAAAAUAAUUCCUGGAAAACUAAAUCAAAACAAUAGCAACUGUUCUGUUAAAAGUAAUGAUAGUAAUGGAUCAUCUUCAUUCGGAACUAAAAGGAAAACCAAGUCUGAAACAUUUGGAGUGAAAAAAGGACCUUUGAGAGCAGUUGUAUCAAUCAAGGAGAUGAAAAAAGGCUCUACUACACCAGAACGACAUGAGCACAAAACUGUGCAACUUCAAUCAAAGAAAACUAGUACACCUAUGAAUGAACCCAAAUUGAAACCAGUAGCAGCUUCUACACCUACCCUGGUGUAUCAAAGUGAUAUCAGCAAUAAUAACUCCUUUAAAUAUAAAUCAAGGAAAUCCUUCCUAGAAAGAUCAAACUCUUUGAGUGAGCGAAGUAACCCAGAAAACUUGAGUAAAGAAUCAAAUGGUACUCCCACAACUUCAAAACCAAGAAGACCAAGUUUCAGUGCAUUUUCGACUUCGAAAGAAAAAGUUGGUAGCAGUUCCAUCCCUACAAGACUUCAAGAAUCCCGUAAAAUUCUAAGAAGAAAUAGUGUUACUGAAGGAAUCAUUAACAUGCAAGUUCGUUCAAAUUGUAAUAAAUUUUCUGGGAAAGAAACGAAAUUGAUGUCGUCACUUCGUAAAGUUAGAGAGAAUUUAUUAAAUUCACCUUAUUAUAACUUAUUAGUUGAUAGCAAUGCCAAAAUAGAAUCAAACGUUGAGAAAAAAGUCACUUUUAGGAAAUCUCUUAAAUCGUAGGGAAAAUCGAAGAAGGUCGGGAAAGAAAAUGUUGGUUAGUGGUUAAUGGUUAAUUUUUCGAAACGAUAACAUUGUGAUACUGCAGGCAGAAUUUCAUUAUGUUUGUGUUGUUUUCCAUUUUAAUUUUUUUAACUAGAUUAUUUAGUAAUUCACACAUUUUUAAUGUUUUGUAAAAUCUAAUGAAUAAAAUUUUUGGAAAUAAU